UAGAACAACUAACAAGUCAAUCUUUCCAUAACAAGCCAUCAAUUAUUCGAGGAAAAGAAAAAAUUAAAAAUCUUUGAAGGGAAUCAAUAAUCCCGAAUAUCCGAAGCAAAUUGUUAAACCCAGCCAUGCAAUGCAUCCCUAAAUCUAUAAAUUAUCCAUCAAUCCGUUGACAUUUGACUCUCUCUUAAUAUACCCACUUGCCAUUAUCAUCUUCAUUAGCUGUAGUCGUUGAAGCUUUAAAAUAUCGCAAUACUCACGUCCGUACUAGGACCCACUUUCCCUCCUUCCUCCUCUAAUACAAAAACUCUCGCAAAUCCCACUUUUCUUUCACAAACCGCUGAAAAAAAACAGAGUUUGUGAAGUGGGGUUUUUUUGUCUUUGAUUAAUUUACAAAAGGUGUUUGAUCAAUGGAGUUGCAAAACGUUGGAAUUGUGAGUUGUGGGAAGUGGAUUAAGCGCCCAGAAAAAGCUAAUUUGGUGGUUUUGGGAAAAUUUUAUAAAUCAUCUUCUGCAAAAUCAAAGCUUGAGAUUUUCUCCUUUGAUUCUAAGACCCUUUCUCUCUCUUCUUCUCCUUUGGCUGAAUAUGAAAUUGAAGAUGGAGAGCCAAUUAGCAUUGCGGUGCACCCAAAUGGGGAUCAAAUCAUUUGUGCUACUUCUUCUGGUGAUUGCAAAUUAUUUGAAUUGUGUGCUCAAGAAACUUCUGUGAAACUGUUGCCUAAAGAGGCACCAUCUCUACAAGGUGUUGGACUGCAAACUUGUAUAGAGUUUAGCGUUGAUGGAUGCAAACUUGGUUGUGGUGGAGAGGAUGGGCAUCUAAGAAUCUUAGAGUGGCCUAGCUUGCGAAUAAUUCUUGAUGAACCAAAUGCUCAAAAGUCCUUUCGGGAUAUGGAUUUCAGCCUAGACUCUGAGUUCUUAGCCUCAACUUCUACUGAUGGUUCAGCAAGAGUUUGGAAUGCAAACGAUGGAGUAACUGUGGCAACCUUGAAACGAGAUUCAAAUGAAAAGAUUGAAUUAUGUUGCUUCUCAAAGGAUGGAACUAAACCUUUUCUGUUUUGCACUGUUCAAAGAGCUAAGGCUAAGGCUAAACCGAUGACUGUUGUUUGGGACAUGAGUACUUGGAAUAGAAUUGGAUUUAAGGUACUGCUUGCAAAGCCUGCUUCAGUGUUAACCACCAGCCAAGAUGGAAAAUAUCUUGCCUUGGGAAGUAAAGAUGGUGAUGUAUGUGUAGUUGAAGUAAAAACAAUGAGGAUCAGUCACUGGAGUAAGAGGUUGCACCCGGGUACAUCCAUUGCAGCACUGGAGUUUUGUCCCAGUGAAAGGGUUGUGCUUACAACUACUAAAGAAUGGGGCGCUAAGGUGACACAGCUAACUGUUCCUGUAGAAUGGAAAGAUUGGCAGAUCUAUGGACUCCUGUUUGUUAUGCUUCUGGUUUCUGCAAUAGCCUUUUAUAUCUUCUAUUUGAUGUCCGAUUCAUUUUGGCAGCAUCCUGCCACAUAUCAGCCCUCUACAUCACACAUCGAUCCCCUUCUAGGAGACCCACAUUCAGAGGAUCCAUUUGGGCCACUCGAUUUGUGAUACUUUCUUAGACUUUCAUAGCGUUUUGGGGUGCAAAGGUUGAACCAUCUUUUUGCAGUCUUAAUUGAUGAGGUUACAGUUUACACUGCUCUCCUUACUCUGCAGUUCUAGCAAGGCAAGGUAGCAAAGUUGAUAAUUUCAGUCUUACGUUUUAUUCAUUUUUUUUUGUUUUAUUUUUUUAUUUUAUUUUAUUUAACUGUCAACUCUUCCAUGGGACACCAAUGUAUUGGUUUCUGAAUAUUAAAAACUACUUACCUGUAACUCUUAAAUAUGUAUCCAAUUUUAGGGGUGGUAAUAGGAUACAUAUACAAAAUAUAUUUCUGUUACU